CGGCGGACACGAGUGAGGGAGCAUAUAACUUCCCUCCCUCCACCGCCCGGAGCACUGGCUGGCCUGGAGACGAGGUGGUGAACUGGUGUGCUGUGUCGUGCUGGUGACGUUCUCCUCUCCUUGCUUUUCUUCUGUGUUAGAACCGUCCUGAAGGCGAGGAAGGGACGGCAGGAUGAAGGCGAUGGCGGCAGCAGCAGGCUUCCAGGACUCGGUGAAAAGAGUGAUGACUGCGAGGACCUUGGGGAAGAAGACUGAGGCGCCCGCGAGCCAAGAGGAGGAGGAGGAUGAGUUUAAGACGGAGAGGCGGCGGUGCUUCCAAAAGGUGGUUAAAAAGGUGGUGCAGACGCAAAACACUGUCAACAACGUGUCCCGCCGCCCGCACAAGCACGUUUUGUACCCCAGCAGAAGCAGAUCAUGUAUACGACGCGUUUCCAUAGUCGGAGCGGAGCCAAUAACACAAGAGACGGCUAUGGAGCUCCGGACGGUGGUGUUUGGGGCGGCAGACAUUCACCCAUUUUCUUUGGGCGAGUGGCUGGACCAUCCCUUCACCUUCUACGACGCGGGCACGGCUCAAGCUUACGGCCUGCGGGUUCCGAACUCCAGUACCAAGGGGUUCGUGAUGUGUGUGCAGGCGUUCGUGCUCAAACAUCUCCUCUUCAGCUCCAGGAAACUCGGCUCCGUUGGGGAUGUGCCAAAAUUGCUACGCACGACGCGGGCGGCGCAGGUGGAGGCGCUGCUGGGGGCGUUGAGUGACAUGCUGUGGACGGCAGGCGGUAGGCAGGGCGCUGUUCUCUGUCUGGCGCACAGUGAGGUGAACAGCAGUGACGACCCUCAGUACAUGAACGACGGAUGCACGGAGAAGAUUGUGGUUUUCCAGCUUGGCAGUUAUGAAGAGGUGAAGUUUACCAUAAAGAAGUAUUUGUUUGAGAUGGUGACGGAGGGACACCACGGGAUGCUUCUCUUUCUGUAUAGCAUUGUUCUCUCCAGGACAUUCCCCUUGUUACAAGAAGACAUGUCAGGAGAGACACACCCGCUGAUCCAGACGAACGGCAGCAUCCACCCCUGUCUGGUAACACUGCUGCUGACAGGCCGGGCCACGCAUCACCUCCACAACGGCAUCAUCUACGAGGGAGACGAGAAUACCAUGGCGCGGCCGAAGACGGGGAUCCUGCAGCGAGCGGAGGUUGGGCUGUUAGUGUGGAAGAGACAUGACGGAGACUCGGGUGUGGUGGGAUCGCGCCUCAAGACUCCCUCCCUUCCUAUCUGGGUGACGCGGUGCAAUGACGCCUACGGGAUUCUCUUUAACCCAAACAGAGACCUCAUCAGGGACUACCACGCCGAGAAUAGAUUCGACUUGUACUACUACUCGUCCAACUCAAGUCAAAAUGCCACCACAAUCCUCACCAUUGACACUAGAACCCCUUCCUUCCGCGAGGAGUACCAGCUGUCGCCCCUAGAGAACCUCAUCCAUACCAAAUGGAUGGAUGCUGAGGUAAACUGGAACGGCACUGCGCCCUACGUGUAACAUCUCGCCCAUUCCUCCCUUCCUCGUCGCCUUCGUCAUCCCGACCCUCAGGAGAAAAUUUUAGCUCUAAGAAGUCCUUUCCUCGACCUUCUUCCAGCCCUAUUACAGUCCCUUACAUUUUAUUAGUCCUACAGUCCUUCUUCCAGCCAGAGACAAGUCCUUCAGCUUGUUCAAAACGUCCUACAGUCAUCCACCUCUUCUUUCAGCUCCAGACAAGAUCUUUCGACCCAUCCAGUCUUUCCAUCAGCGAUAGACAGAUUCCUUCAUUCAAUUUAACAGAUCUUUCACUCAUCUAGUCCUUCCUUCUGUCCAUCUUGUUCUUUCCUCAGACUGUUAGAAAUCCUAAGAUCACUCAGUCCUUCUCUUAGUUGCAGACAAGCUCUUAUCUUACAAAUCCUUCACUCAUCUAGUCUUUCUUCCACACAACACAAGUUCUUUAGUCUAUCGUGCACCUUCCUCAACCCCACCCUUCUCUCAGCUCCAGAUACGAUCCUUCGGUUCAUCCUACGAGUCCUUUACACAUCCAGACCUUCUUCUAGUCCUUCAGACCAAUCCUACUUGUCCUCCAGCAACUUCGCUCUUCUUCUAAACCCAGAUUGUCCUUCAAAUCCUAAGCUCUUCUAUGCGUCCUUCAACCAACAUUUCAUUUCAGGAUUACCAAUAUAUCCGUCCAUCUUUCUUUCUCUCAUUUCUCUUUCAUUCUCCAGGGGUUCAGUUCACCUGCAGAAGAUAAUGUACAGGUGUUCCCAAGCCCCUAACCUAACCCAGUGCCUCACAGUAUAAAUAGGAAGCUUCGUAAGUAGGACUGUAUACAUAGUGAUAUUUUUGCGUAGACUGAUGAGAAGACUGAAUAGAGUUCCUGGUGUUCCGAGCCCGUGUUCUUCAAUGUUUUGGCGUCAUGUCUCUGUCUUGGUCACGUUGAACGGGCUAUGGUACAUGUGGUUAGUGAUUCAAAGGGUGUCUGUAUGAUUCUAGUGAUAGUUAAACAAGGAUUCAGUGGGGAGAACACCAAUGAGAAAUGUUGCACCACCUCUGUGGCCUUUGAAAAUGGUACAGUUGAGAGAGCAAAGUAUUUCAACCUUGUCUCUAUUUUGACUCCCCUGAAGAGGCUAUAGUGCACGUGACUAAGAUCUCUGCAUGAUUUAAGUGAUAAUUUAACGAGGCUUCUGCAUCAUUAACUGAAAAGACGCUCAAGAGAAGUCAACUAGUCAUCUCUGUCACCUUUGAAAACUGUCCUGGUGUGAGAGAGCAAAGCGUUGAAGAAUUAUGGGCUUUUGUCUCGAGAUUACGAUAUUUGCUUCCUCAAACUUGACGCUUAGAGCUGUUUGGGAGUUAGGAAUUGAGUUGGAAGUACGAGAAAGAGUUAGUUUUGCCCGGCCAGUGUAAUACACAUAGGGAGUAAGUUCUGUGUGUGUGUGUGUGUGUGUGUGUGUGUGUGUGUGUGUGUGUGUGUGUGUGUGUCCCUGAGUAGCGCUGGGGCUUCCUCCAGGUUGCCACACACACCUGACCAAAGAAAGGGAUGUGCGGUGCUCAACUACAUUCUGUUCCAGCUAUCUUGGCGAACACACCCCUCCUCCUCCAUCACACACCAACCAGACCAACCAAUGACGUCACAGAGAAACAAUGGAGAGCCAAUAACAUUCAUCUCCGGACGGACAAUGACCAAUAGCAAACCCGGAGUCACUAAAGGGGCGAAGACUAACCAAUCACGUGGCUUGGAUUGGUGAGAAGGAGGAGCAUGUUCGCCAAGUUAUCCUGAACAGACUGGCGGACUAAUAUUGUAGUGUAUAAUCAAUGUAAAGAUGCUGUAAAUUCAUGCUGGGUGGAGCAACUGAACUGUAGCAGCAGAAUAGAGAACACCAACAAGGUAUUA